CAUAAUCUCACGAGAGAGGAGGAGAGGAUGGACCUGCAGAGGUGAAAGUGGAUGAUUUUUGUUAGGCUUCUUCUCCUACAGCUACACCUAACCACUCUCACUCUGUUCUAACUUCGAACCUUUCAAGGUAAAAGGGAACUCUUUCUCUCACGAACACUCGCACACAAACACAGCAUUGAGCGCGUUGUCAGAGAUGACAGCAUAGAAAUUCCACCCGGUAUCCUACAUGCAUACACAAAGCUGUAGCUGUGGUAAAAUAUAACGAACACCGGGAGUUUGGUUCGCUUCGUUGCAUGGGGGACUCACUGCCUAUCCAAAAGGCAGAGCCUGUCCCCUGACCAACAGACUAAUUCAUUUGAAUUAGUUCAUGGAUUUAAUCAUCGCCGAUGUCACGAGAUACGUAACGGAUACGGGGAUUAAUAUUACAGGCACCGAGAGUUUACACCGCGCUCGGUGUACUGACAUUCUCGGCAACGACUCGGUAUAUUAAACCGGUGCCUCGGUAACGACACCGAGGGAGAACAUCAGUUAUUUCAGUAAGACUCUCGUGCCAUUUCGAUAUACCAUGGUUCCGGGAUUUGAAUAGGUAGGCUAUCGUAACGAAACCCACUGGGAGUCAUUAGAACAAAAAGCGCUCCUUCAAUUUUCUACGCCUGCUUCGCGGCAGCAGGUUGGGGUAAUAGCCACCACCAGGAUUGCACAAGUCUCCAUUUCACAUGGGCGAAGGCAGGGCUCGGUUCUGCUUUGGUUGGACCCGGGCUCGCUGUCAAGAACAAGACAGAGGUGUGUCGGACCCUGAUAGGGAACCGGAAACGCGAGAGCGAUGGGCCGAACUGUUCGACCAACUGGACCUCAAUAAAGACGGUAAAGUCGACAUCAACGAGCUGAGGAUAGGACUCGCUGCACGCGGUUUACUUCGCAGUGAUGCGGAGGAGAUAGUGCGUGAGAGUGACACCAACCAUGAUGGCUUGCUGGACUUUGAGGAGUUCUCUCAGUACCUGUGGGCCCACGAGAAGGAACUGCGGCUCAUGUUCCACACACUGGACCGCAACCAUGACGGCCGCAUUGAUGUCGGGGAGAUUCAACAAUCGCUGCACAACCUGGGACUGGAGGUGUCCACAGAACACGCCAUCAAAAUACUACAGAGUAUGGACAGGGACGGCACCAUGACUAUCAACUGGAGUGAGUGGCGAGAUCACUUCCUGUUUAACCCUCUUCACAACAUGGAGAGCAUCGCCCACUACUGGAAACACUCUCUGAUGUUUGACAUCGGAGAGCACAUGACAGUGCCUCCAGAGUUUUCCCAACAAGAGCGCCAGUCGGGGGUAGUGUGGAGGCAGCUGGUUGCCGGGGCGAUGGCAGGGGCGGUGUCACGUACAGGAACCGCCCCCCUCGACCGUCUCAAGGUCUUCCUACAGGUGCAUGGCUCCAGCUCUAGGGGGAUCAACCUGUGGACGGGGCUGAGGGGGAUGGUCCAGGAGGGGGGUGUACGAGCCCUCUGGAGGGGCAACGGCAUCAACGUUCUCAAAAUAGCCCCAGAGUCUGCCAUCAAGUUCAUGGCCUACGAACAGAUCAAGUGGUUGAUCCGGGGCAGAAAUGAAGCAGGUACUCUGCGGGUGCAGGAGAGGUUCAUCGCUGGCUCUCUGGCUGGAGCCACUGCACAAACCAUCAUCUACCCUAUGGAGGUGCUGAAGACUCGUCUGACCCUGAGGAAGACUGGCCAGUACUCUGGCAUUGUAGACUGUGCCCGUCAGAUCCUGAGGAAGGAGGGGGUGCGAGCCUUCUACAGGGGCUACGUGCCCAACACACUUGGCAUCAUACCGUAUGCUGGCAUAGACCUGGCCGUGUACGAGACUCUGAAGAAUGCCUGGCUCCAGCGGUACAGUAAGGGCUCUGCUGACCCGGGGGUGUUGGUACUGCUGGGCUGUGGUACUGUGUCUAGUACCUGUGGACAACUGGCCUCCUAUCCCCUGGCUCUCAUUAGAACACGCAUGCAGGCCCAGGCCUCUACUGAGGGCGGGCCCAAGCUGUCCAUGGUCGGUCAGUUCAAGCACAUCAUAUCACAUGACGGGGUACCUGGGCUCUACCGCGGCAUCGCCCCCAACUUCCUGAAGGUCAUCCCUGCUGUCAGCAUCUCGUACGUGGUAUACGAACACAUGAAGAAGGCUCUGGGUGUGAAAUCGUAGAGAGAGGAAGCGAGAGGCAGAAGAAAGAGAGGGAUGUAGAGUGCAGCUCUUGGAUUUCAAGAUGGAGAGGAAGACAGCAGAGGAUUGAGGGAUAGAAGACAGAUAGUCCACCCUUUUCAUACACAUUCAGGAAGCUUCCCGUUUACACCUAGCUAGACAGAUAUACUCACUGUUUGAAUCACUCAGCCCCUCUGACGCUGUACCAUCAUUAAGAAAGAGGGAAGAGUCUGCUAUCAGGCUGAGCUGAUGUCUGUAAGAAAUGGCUGUGUCCGAGACAGAUUUGGAGGAGGAGGUGUGAGAGGAAGGAAUGAGAGCGAGAGAGAGAGAGAGGGGGUGGAAGAGAGAGAGGGGGGUGGAAGAGAGAGAGAGGGAGAGAGAGAGUGUGCGUGCUGUAACCCCCAUUGUAGUCACAUCUCCACAAUAAGUCUGUGUGUGGCCCUCCAAACAAACACAGUGAAGCACACAGUACAGUUUGUAUACCUAUAUGUAGGCACUUAUCUAAGGUCAGUUUCAUGUCUUGUGAAUAUAAAGUGAUCUUCCUCCAAUGACCUUGACAUGUACUCUGUAUUCUCUCUUUACUACACAGCAGAAUGUGUGGGGUUGUUCCACAGUGUGCUGUUGCUAGAACACUACCAAGCCAAAGUACCCUACUCUUUAUUUCAAUAUCUCAAGAGAUUAGAAUUGAAUUACAUGCACUAUGUUUGUUUCAGUUGCUAUUCUCAAAAAAGUACAUUCUAAUGGGGGAGAUUCUAAAGUUCUUAAACGAGGAAACUUUGACGUUUACAUGAUGUACUGUAUAUUGAUACAGUAUGUAUUUUGUAAGGGAAAGAUUCUGAACACAGAGAUACUUAUACAGAGCUGUUCCUCCAACCUAGUCCAUGAAUGGCUUUGCACUUUUUAGAAAGGGAAUGUUUCUCCCCUAUUUCAAGUGGCUCUCAGUCAGGUCCAAAAUUAUUGGCACCCUUGAUAAAGAUGAGCAAAACAUACUAAAUAAUGCACAUUUUGAGCUAUAUUGUCUGCUCCAAAGAAAUUGAACAUGAUAUAAUUUUAUACUAAGACAAUUACUCAGAGAAAGAGAUUUUUAUUAAAGCUAGAAUUCUUAAAUAACAAAGUGGUCAACCCACCACUUUUUUGGUAAAAAUCUGAGGGAAGGGCCUGGAGAAAUGUAACCAUAACGGCACUGAGCCUUUUUCUCAAAUGUUUUAUGAGAUUGGAGAACACAUUGGGAGGGAUCUUAGACUAUUCCUCCAUACCACUGGUUUUCAAUGGGGUUCAUGUCUGGAGACUGAGAUGGACAUUGCAAAAUGUUGAUUUUGUGGUCAAUGAACCAUUUCUUUGUGGCUUUUGAUGUGUGCUUGGGGUUAUCGUCUUGCUGGAAGAUCCACUUGCAGCUAGGUUUCAGCCUCCUAGCAGAGGCAACCAUGUUUUUGGCUAAAAUGUCCUGGUACUGGGUAGAAUUCAUGAUGUCGUUAACAAGGGCCCCAGGACCAUUGGUAGCAACAUUGCCCCAUAACAUGAAAUAUCCACCACCAUAUUUUACAGUAGGUAUGGGGUUAUUUCCUGCAUAUGCAUUCUUUCUUUCCACGCAAAAUCCAGCACUGGUGUGCAUGGCUAAAGAGUUAUAUUCUCAUGUCGUCCAGCAAAUGUAAACGCCUGGAGUUUGUUAAAUGGCAUUGGCACUUGGAUUUGAACCAGUGCUAUGGUCAGAUGACAUGAACAUAGAGAUCUUUGGCCACGCACACCAGUGGGGGUUUUGCAUUGAAAGAAAUAUGCAUAUGCAGACAAUAACCCCAUACCUACUUUAACAUGUGGUAGUGGGUCUUUCAUUUUAUGGGGCUAUUUUGCUUCUGCUGGUCCUGGGGGAUUCCUGGCCUCAAAAUCAGGAUUAUUGCCAGUUGUCUUGUCCUGGUAGUUAAUAGAUCAAUAGCUCACCCACCUGGUUUCCUAGGUCUGAAUCAGUCCCUGAUUAGCAAUGGUGGAAAAAGUACACAAUUUUCAUACUUGAGUAAAAGUAAAGUGAAAGUCACCCAGUAAAAUACUACUUGAGUAGUAUUUGGUUUGAAAUCUACAUAAGUAUCAAAAGUAAAUGAAAUUGCUAAAAUAUAGUACUUAAGUAUUAAAAUUCAAGUAUAAAUAAUUUAAAGUUCCUUAUAUAAAGCAAAUCAGACAGUAAUUUUCCUUAUUUUUUUAUAAAUAGCCAGGGGCAUGCUCCAACACUCAGACAUCAUUUCCAAACAAAGAGUGUUUUUAGUGAGUCCACCAGAUCAGAGGCAGUAGGGAUAUUCUCUUGAUAAGU